GGGUCAAACAGUGUUGCGCAUGCUCAGAUGCCCUUUUAACGUUAGCGACUGAAAUCUGUCAGAUCAGCGGAGCGUACAUUUCACCUACCUUCAAAUAUCUCACAGUAUUUUCUUCCCCUAGUCAGCGCUAGAUACUUUAAUCUAACUCGAGCUGUCAACAGAUUUGGAUUUUUACUUUUUCGACGUCUGUAGCAGAAAGAAACAGCAAAGAAUGACGAGCAGUUCAAAGCGGAAAGAAGAAAGUCAUCUGCUGAAUGGGGGUGUAAAACAAUCCACAUGGAGCAAAGCGUUCAACAGUAAUGCUGUUUGGGAGGAGAAGGACGAGUUCUUAGAUGUGAUUUACUGGCUCCGGCAAAUUAUUGCAGUAAUCCUCGGUGUGAUAUGGGGUGUUGCACCGUUGAAAGGAUUUCUGGGAAUAGCCAUAUUCUGCAUCAUCAACGCUGGCGUCCUGUAUGUAUACUUCAGCAGCUUUCAGCAGAUCGAUGAGGAAGAGUAUGGUGGCACGUGGGAACUCACCAAAGAAGGCUUCAUGACAUCUUUUGCUCUGUUUCUGGUGGUGUGGAUAAUCUUUUACACAGCUCUACAUUUUGACUGAGAGGAAUCCGUAGGACAGUAAAUACGAACAUUUCUGUUUGAAGUAAAUUGUCAAGACACAGGAACUCCACGGCUCGAGGGAGUGUUGAUGCUCCUACAUACAGUAUGACUCUUCAGUGUGCAGUGCGUCAUGGAAAUCCUAGAUCGAAUAACAAGUUCCUGCAAGACCACCGUGAUGAACAUGUUCAAAUACAUCCCCCUUAUGUCAGGGUUCCUUUUUUAGGUGCCCUCCAUUACAUUUCCCAUAUGUUAUAUUUCCUUCCUUAUGUCAUUUAUCAUCAUCGCUGACAAAACACUAAAGAAUACAGAGAGCAAACAGUUUAGAUGAGAUCGGUUGAAGUUCUAUAAAUGCUGGAACAGUCCCUUGAUAUAAAACAGAAUAAGGAUGAUUUCUAUUGGUCGGCUUACUACAAGGCCUUUCUUCUGUUUUAGAAGAGUGACAUGAACACAGAUUUUAGACUAAAAAGAUUAACAACCUGUGUGUGUAUUCACUGCUCAUGAGCUGGUCACUUCAGUUACAGGAACUGGGCAAUAAAAACAACAUCUUGUCAUAUAGUCAUUAGAGUUCAGUCCAUGAGUGUGAUGUGUUAGCUUUAAUUUCAGGACAAAACACUCCAAUCAGAUGCAUAAAACUUUAAUAUAAUUGUGUGGCUUCACUGUUAAAUCUGCAGUUUCACUCCAAAAUGUAUAUUUUUUCCAUAAAAAAAAGUUUAAUCUGAGCCUGACAAAAUAAUUGGUUAAAAAAAUGACAUAGCAGUAAAGCAAGUUAUCAGUUACAGUUAAAUGGUUACACGUUAAAGGUUAGCAGCUACAUUAUGUGUCUUAGCAGUGGAGUCAUCAGGUGCUUUUCUUUUUGCCUACUGGAUAUAAACAGCAUUUUUGAAUUAAAUCUGUCAAUUGUUAUUUCUUUUAAACCCUCCGGUGUUCAACAAAUGUGGAAAACUAACAAACUAACUACGGCUGAAAUCUCACAUCCUGCUAAUUUUAACAUCAAAACAAAUGCUGGUGGUAAGAAACACAUAUCAGCCGAUAUCCAAUCCCAAUGCCAGUAUCUGCCACUAGUAUCGAUGCGCUGUUACUUCAGUCAGGAACUAAAAACCAUCAAAGUUAUCUGUCCAUCCAAAUGAAUUUUCUCAAAAGCAAAGAGCGAGGAAACAUGCAUGCCGUUUUCAGAUGCAAAUGUUCACAGAUUUAAGCUAAACCUGGUCUGUGCACUGCCAUGACUUGCUGUCUGUAUAUCUAGAUGUCAUUUAUGAAUGACAUUAGUUAUUAGUGUAGAAAUAAUUUAAUUUUUUUUCUCACAUGUAGCUUCCAGAUCAAAGUCUUACCUGUUGUUCUGAAAUUAAUUUAAACUUGUCUGUAAAUUCUGUACAAUGUCCCUUUUGUCAAAUCCACCUUGUAUUACACAGAUUUAUUUGUACUUAUGUUAUAUCUUGUUUGAUGUAACAUAUUUCUCAGUAUUUUAUAGUGAAGAACUUUUAAAAACAGUUCUUGCAAAGUUAUUGUAAUGAUACUGUUAUAUUAGAUACGCAGCUGGUGUUUGAAAGGAUUGUAUUUUCUGAUCAAAUCUUUUAGGAAUCAUUAAACAUGGGCUUUAUUUGGCCUCCAUUUUCAAAGA